AUGGAAUCAGCCAACGACAACGACGACACAGGGGUAAUAUGCUCGAAGGGGUACUACCUCGCUUCACCCUCCUGGGACAGCGGCUCCGCCCCAAUGGGCAAAUUCGUCGGCGACUACGUGUUCAUCGAGUCGUGCUACCAGGCCUGCCUCAACAACUACGGACUGUUCAAGUGUGCCACGACAACAACGGCGGCAGGGAGA